AGCAUUAACAUGAACAGUCUAUCGUUGAGUCAAUCCUUCUUGUUUGAUCACCAAAAACCCUCCGAUUCUGAAGGGUUCGGCUCGUCCUUCUUAUUUGCAUCAAAUUCCCAAAAGUCUAAAGAUAAUGAUGAUGGUCUUGAUCUAGCUGAAAAUAUAGACAUAAGUCCAGCCAGUUUAAGUACUAAAGAAGUGAAGUUGUUCAGUGGAAAUGUGAUAUCAUUGAAGCCAAAAGUAAGGAACAUCCAACCCGUGGAUCAGGAAUUUGAAACCGAGUCGGGCGGUUUUAUGGACGUAGACACACUAUUCAGUAAGGCGAUGUUACGAAACAAGAUAAAGUCCAACCAAAAGGAGCUACAAUUGACCAAGAAAGACAAUAAGAAGGGAACUGGAAAGGGGAACGAGAUAUGGGCAGAGAAGUAUCGGCCAUCCAAGUUUAUUGAUUUAUGUUCUGCAGGUAAUGAUAAGCAGUACCGUCUUGUUCUUCACUGGUUGAGGAAGUGGAACUCAGUAUGCUUUGGAGAUGCUUUCGAGAAUGACGGUUCUGUUGACAAGUACGGAAGACCUCUUAGAAAGGUUUUACUUGUUCAUGGGCCCUCGGGUAUCGGUAAAACAGCUGCUAUUCACCUUAUGGCAAAACAAAUGGGGUAUGAGGUAAACGAGCUUAACGCUGCAAAUAGUGUAAUCUCUUCAUCUGAGAACUCCGACACUGAAAACCUAUCGGGCAUGUUGAAAAAUAGAAUCAAAAAUGCCAUGACCUCAAAUAAUGUGACGGACAACAAACCUUGGUGCUUGGUUAUUGAUGAAGUGGAUUCGUGUUCUAAUAAUGGUGAGAUUAUCAAAGUCCUCAAUGAUCUUGUUUAUGCUGAUCUGAGAUCUCAAGAUAAAAAUGUAUCGGACGACAAGAAGAAGAAAUCUAAGAGUUUUAGGUUGAGCAGGCCGAUCAUUUGUAUCGCAAACGAUAUCUAUGCCAAUAACCCUGGACGCCCAGGAAGGAACUCUCCUAUGGACAAAUUGAGAGCUAUUAGUGAAAUUAUUCAAUUUAAGAAGCCUACUUCUUCGAAGACCCCCGGCUCUAGGGGUGGAGCUGCAAUGAAAUCAGUGAAGGAUCAUCUCAUGUUGGUGAAUAAAAAAGAAAAAGUGGGAUUGGAUAACCAGCAGAUAGGUGAGAUUGUGGAAACCUGUGAAGGUGAUAUUAGGGCGUCUUUGAAUCAUCUACAAUUUCAUGGUAGAAAACUAAAGUCCGCGGGAUUCCUGAAUGAACAGCAUAGUAAUGGUAUCAAUAAGGAUACUCAAAUUUCGUGGUUUGCCAUGAUAGAUCUCUUAUUUAAGAGAGAUGGAAAUCUAACCAAGGAGCAAUGUUUUCAAAAUCUUCUCAACUUAUUUUUGAGCGGAAGUGGGAGAUCAACAGUGAGCAGUAGCAACUCGCAUGACAAGGUGAUUCGUGAAUCUUUCAACAAGUAUUUGGACGUUGUGAACUUCCAAGAUGAUUCAUUGGUCAAACCCUCCGAGUUUAGUGACUGGUUGAGCUUCUAUGACAACAUCCUGAGUAAACCCAAUGAUGAUAUCAGUCAGUAUUCUGCAUUAGUGAAUUUGAAAAUAUGGUCUUUAUUCAGUGAAAUAAACCCCCGCAAAAUUUUCGAUGGUGAAUCUCUAGUUCCAAACAGUCGAAGUCUUGAUUUUGAUACAUUCGAAUCGAUAAAACAAAAUAAGAACUUAAUCAAAACUACCGUUGAUCAAUUGCCUUUAAUAAUGAAGUUAACAAUUGGUACAAAUCCUGAAGAUUAUGCAUCAUAUGUAUUGCCUUAUUUUAAUAAGCUUCUCCAUCCAGACGUAUCUUCGAAAGUGAAGUCCAAUUUGAAUACUACCGAACAAAAGUCGAUUGAAAAAAUUACUGCAUUGGUCCGUGAUUUGGAUAUCAAGUUGGAAAAUGAGCGAGAUUUAGAAACUGGUAAAACACUUUUGCAAAUGACGCCUAGUUGGGAUAGUGUCAUUUACUUUGAUAAUCAGUUUACUUCUCUACCAUUCGCCAAUUUGAUUACACAACAACAAAACAAGAGACAAAAUUUGUUUCCACUAAUUUCAUCGGAGUUGGAGAGACUUCAAAUGAUGAGAAAAGCACAUAAACGGCCAGUACUAGACUCGAAGGCUAGCGAAGAGAAGGGACAGAAAAAGAGGAUUAAAAUUGGUAGUAGUAUCGAAUUCUUCAAGAAUAGGUAUGAGGGGUUGUCUUCGCAAGCUGAAAAUUCCAAAGUAUCUACUCCAAGUGAAACCACAAGAAUAUGGGUGAAAUACAAUGAGGGGUUCUCUAAUGCAGUAAGAAAGAAUAUUGGGUGGAAUGAUAUUUGGACAAGGUGAUACUUAAUAGAUAUUUAUAGCUUUGCAAUUAUACACGAUAAAACAGUAGC